GGAGAAGCUCAAGAGGAUUCUGACAGCAUCUUUGUGGAGAAGGAAGAGCUUUCAAAAUAGAAACCACAGCUCCUCCUGCUGCCUUUCUUUCCUACCUGCGACUCCCACACCGAUAGCAAGAUGUGUAAGGGACUUGCAGGUCUGCCAGCUUCCUGCCUAAGGAGUGCAAAGGACAUGAAGCAUCGGCUGGGGUUUCUGCUGCAAAAGUCUGAUUCUGGUGAACACAGUUCAUCCCACAGCAGGAAAGACAGAGGGGUUGUUAAUCAGAGGGCGAGCCAAGAGGAAGUCAAGAAAUGGGCUGAAUCACUGGAAAACCUGAUUAGCCACGAAUGUGGGCUAGCAGCUUUCAAGGCUUUCUUGAAGUCUGAAUUCAGUGAGGAGAAUAUUGACUUCUGGGUCAGCUGUGAAGAGUACAAGAAAAUCAGGUCACCCUCUAAGCUCAGUCCCAAGGCCAAGAAGAUCUACAAUGAGUUCAUCUCAGUUCAAGCAACCAAGGAGGUGAACCUGGACUCUUGCACCAGGGAGGAGACAAGUCGGAACAUGAUCCAUCCUACAAGAACCUGCUUUGAUGAAGCUCAGAGGAAGAUUUUCAACCUGAUGGAAAAGGAUUCAUACCGCCGAUUCCUGAAGUCCCGAUUCUAUCUUGAUUUGGUCAAUCCUUCCAGCUGUAGGGCAGAGAGGAAGAAAGGAGGCAAGAGAUUGGCAGACUGCACUCACCUGCUCCCCCAGUAUGCCUAAUUCGCACUGAAGGCAGAGAGCUGACAAACUAAGACUCUAUGCUCUGAAAAAAUCUGAGGCCAAAUAUUGAUCUCUAUAAAGCACCAAUGCUUUAUCCACAUUGUAGCCUAAGUGUUCAUGCUGUCUGCCAUGUGUGAGUCACUUCCAUGUACAAAUUAGAUUUAGUCAUGGUGGUUGGGUCUUCAUCAGGGUGGGACCUUGUUCUAGUCCAAUUUCUCCUAGUUUCCUUGAGGAUGUCAUGCAAGCAAGUAUUCAAAUAAUGACCUUGUAGGUCUGGAAUCUCAAAGUAUGUUGGGAGUUCUUCUCCACUCCUAACAGUCUGACCUCAGGUUGGUUGAUGGAUGCACCCCAUGUGUAUGUAUACAUACACAUGUAUAUGUAUUCAGUUAGCCAGUAUUUCCUACAGACUCUCAGUGUUUAGGGGAGGUGGAUAUGUAUGUAUGUAUGCAUAUAUGUUAAAUACAUAUAUAUGUAUAUAUACUAUAUACAUAUACAUUCCUUAUAUGUUGUAUCCAUGUAUUCAUAUUGGUGUGUGACACACACACACACACACACACACACACACACACACACACACACACAGAAUGUAAGAAUAGUUGGGAAAGACCUAGGUGCUCAAAAUAGAGUGUAUAUGCAAUUCCAUGCAAAUGAUGCUGGCUCUUCAAUACUGCAUUUAAACAGGGCAAACUGAACUGACUACCAUUCAGACUAAGAGAGAAGGAUGGUAACUUCUGGGAAGUUGGUUCUUUAAAGCCACUGGGUCUUGGGGAAUCAUUGGGGAAGCAUCUAUGGGACUUCAUGAUUAAUUUAACUGCUGGUGGUCUUCACAUUGAAUGCUAUUGUAAGGAACAAAUACCAUAAAGAAUCAUACAUCUGGCCAACACAAAACUGUCUUGCAUUGGUUAUCACUUUUAAGUCCUUCUGCUGCUUGCUUUUUCUUCUUUGCCUGGGUACUCAGGACCUGUGGCUCAGCAGUUGGAUUAGUCUAGAGUUGGGAGAGGAGAGACUUGAGCUAAGAAAUGCAGUCAUGGCAUUGCCAGCUAGCCCUAUCAUCUGUAACUGGCUAAGCAAGAGCACAGAAUUGGAAAGUUACAUUACUAUCCUCUGUCCUCUUUUUCUUUCCUGAUUAAGGUGCUCUUCUCAUAUUUCCCCUGAGAACCUUAGCCAACAGAUGAGUUCCUUGUGGUUGCUUAUUUUACUUUUUUUCUCCUUCAUAGUGGUUCCUGGCUCUAUGCCUUCGAUACAAAGCAGGGGAAAGGUAAUACUUUACAAGGGGAAAACAAGUUUUCACAAACUGAGAAGCUCUCAUAAAUGUUCUCUUUUAAGGUAAAGUUGUGUUCAUUCCAUACCAAAUAUCAGGGCUAGCAGAGACUGAAGGCAUUUCUUUCUAGGCUCUGAGAAUAAAGGAGAAAGAGAGAAAGAGAGAGAGGGAGAGAGAGAGAGAGGAGAGACAAAGGAAGAAAGAAAGGAAAAUGAAAGAAAGGAGAAGAGAGAAAGUUGUUAGAAUUGUUGUUUGGAUCUUUUCAAGGCAAAUGAAAUACUUGAAAAAUUAUCAUUUAUGUUAUUUAUGCUGUUGUUUUAUACAAUAUUUUUUAAAUUAUUAUAUUAUUUUAUAAAAUGGAGAUACAAGAUAUCACCUGAAUUACUAAUGAAUGCCCAGGAAGUAAUUUCCUUCUCAUUCUUCUAAAACAGUUGCCUUUGAACUACCCAUACUCAUGCGCACACACACUGUAUCCAAUGCUCAAGUUACAUGCACAAGCACUUUUGUGGCUUUUAGCCAGUGUAUAGAGCUGCAAAAUGAAGAUGCUAGAGUGUUUGUAUACAAAUCCCAUGGUGUCAAAGAUGUAAAGGUUCAAACUAUACCCUUUCUGUCCAGCAAUCUUACUCUCCAUGUCCCUAAAGUUCCUCAUCAACUUCCCUCUUUUGUUAUCCAACACAGCCAUGUUUCUAGUUGACUCUAGGAUCCAAACAUACAACUCUGGUCUUGCCCUAUUAUGUCAGUCAGAACUUUCAGAUUGUACCUGUACUCACUGAAUCCUGUCUCACAAAUAGGUCUGGAAGGUCAUUCUGAAUGAGAAGUAAAUUAUUUUAUGUAA